UUUUACACCAGUUGAUGGAUCAAAUGCUCGAAUGUGGUGAAAGAACAAUUCUUAUACUAAGUAAAUGUGAGGAGUAACAAAGUCCAUUGUUUUGUCCGUGUCGGUUUAAAAGUCCCCCCCCAAAAAAAAAGGACAUUGUGGUGAGAUUUGCUUUGUCAACUACCGUGUGAGUACUGUUGUAGUCACAAAAACCCCUCCUCUCAGCUCAAUCUUGACCUCAGCCAGCGCUUGCUAACCAAAGUGAGGCCAUGCCCUUAAAUCUUUCUGCAUGCAAAGAAUGCACUAAGACGUCCAAGUCAAACGAGAAUCUUCCUCCUUGUGAUAUAUAGUUGCGCAGCUGAUUGGGUUUUCUCUUUUCCCUCAGUUUGCUUCUGUAUAUAAUAACCUCUAAUGCUGCAAACAUGUAGUCCCAGCAGUGGUUUCUCUCUCUCUCACAGACCCUGUUUUCCUCCCUCCCUCUCUCACAUACAUGGACAGAUCUAGUGCUUCUCUUCUCUCUCAGCUCGAGCAGCUCCACCCACCUGCAGAUAAAAGCCAAACCCUCACCAGGGCUGCUGUUCAGCGUCUGUCCCAGACUCCUCAAAACCUUGUGAUACUUCCACUCUGCAGCAGCAGCACGCACAUAAAGAAAAAUGGCGGCCGUACCCCUCCAGUCUUUGUCUCUACUCGUCACAGCGUUCCAGCUGUGUUUAUUACGCCCGGCCCACGGCGGGGCGUAUUACGGACACAAGCAGCCGCCUCAACAGCACCAGCCCCUGCCACAAUACAAUGACGGGUAUCCUCAGCAACAGUUUUUGGGUAACGAGAUGCCACUUAUGCCAUUAGUGCCUCAGUAUGGAAAAGAGCUUCCACAGCUGCCUUUGCAAAUGGGCAAAGAGAGGCCACUGACUGAGGGCAAGGGUCAAACAUUUCCCAGAGGGGCUAAAGGCCCACCUCCCCCCGGCCCAGGCGGAGAGGGUCUCAGAGAGGGACCGCAAGGAAUUCAAGGCCCCCCAGGAAUAACGGGACCGCCGGGACCGCAAGGCCCCCCGGGACUCCCGGGCCAGGGAAUGCCAGGGUCGCCGGGAAAGCCGGGACCUCCCGGUCCUCAAGGUUACCCGGGGAUAGGAAAACCCGGCAUGCCGGGAUUGCCGGGAAAACCCGGAGGACCCGGAUUACCGGGAGCGAAAGGCGACCUAGGUCCCAACGGCGGCGAAGGACCGACCGGACUCCCCGGGCCGGCGGGACUCCCGGGUCCCCCCGGCCUCCCCGGGAUUUCGAAAUCGGGAGGCCAGGGGCUGCCGGGACAGCCGGGUCCUCUAGGGGAGCCCGGUCAAAAAGGUCCACCCGGGAUACCCGGUCCCCCGGGCCCCAGGGGAGACAAAGGACUCGGUCUACCCGGUUUGCCGGGUUUGAAAGGGCCCGGCGGACCGCCGGGUCCGCCCGGAAACGCGGGCAUGCCCGGCAUCGGUACGCCCGGCCUCAACGGUCUCCCCGGGCAACCGGGGAUACCGGGAAAGUCCGGUCCUCCCGGAGAGCCGGGACCGGCGGGCUCACCCGGCGACAGAGGUCAUCCGGGACCGCCGGGCCCACCGGGAAUGGGAAAACCAGGGAAAGACGGUUUUAGAGGACAACCCGGGCUCUCGGGAGGGAAAGGGGAACCGGGCCCUCCCGGUUUGCCGGGGGGUCCGGGAUCGCCGGGCUACGGUAAACCGGGCUUUCCGGGACCUAAAGGUCACAAGGGACACACCGGUCUUCCCGGACCUCCGGGCUCUAAAGGCGAUAGAGGUCACGGAGGUCUCCCGGGCGUCAUCGGUCCCACCGGUCCCAGCGGCAGGCCCGGCCCGCCGGGUCCGAUAGGACCUCCCGGCAGUCUGGGCUUCCCGGGGCAAAAGGGAGAGUACGGCGCCGGAGGACCGAAAGGAAUUCCCGGGAUAAAGGGCGAAUUAGGGCCUCCGGGUCUUCCGGGACUGCCUGGUAGGUCGGGAGAGGGCGGGCAACCCGGACAGAGGGGUUUACAAGGGCCCAUCGGACCGAAAGGAGAAGCCGGCGUCAGGGGUAUAUCCGGUCCCCCCGGCGCGGCGGGAUUACCCGGACCGAGAGGAGAGGGGGGACAACCCGGAGAGACGGGCCACCAGGGGCCGCAAGGGAUCCCGGGGCUCACGGGACCGGGGGGGCCGAUCGGACCUCCCGGGCUACCGGGACAAAAAGGCGAGACAGGCCCGCCCGGCAAACCCGGCUAUCCCGGCGACGGAAAGCCGGGACCCCCCGGUCACGUCGGCCUUCAAGGUAAUCCCGGCCCCGGCGGCCCGUCCGGACUUCCGGGGCAACCGGGACAACCCGGACCUCCCGGUCCUCCGGGACUACCCGCCGUAUCUCCCGACCUCGGACAGAUCCUCCCCGUGACCGGCCCGUACGGCGGCCAAAAGCAAGGCUACAGGAAGAACGGAGGUGAGAUUAGCGGAAACGGUCCGGAGAUGCCCGCGUUCACGGCUAAGCUCACGAAUCCGUUCCCUCCCGUGGGUUCUCCGGUAGUCUUUGACAAACUCCUGCACAACGGCAAUCAAGAUUACAAUCCCCAAACCGGCGUUUUCACCUGUAGCGUACCGGGAGUCUACUACUUUUCUUACCACGUCCACUGCAAAGGAGGUAACGUGUGGGUGGCACUGAUGAAGAACAACGAGCCAGCGAUGUACACUUACGACGAGUACAAAAAGGGCUUGCUGGAUCAGGCUUCGGGGAGCGCCGUACUCCCGUUACGACAAGGAGACACCGUGCACAUACAGCUGCCGUCGGACCAGGCCGCGGGACUUUACGCCGGUCAAUACGUGCACUCUGUGUUUGCCGGAUACUUAUUGUACCCGAUGUGAGAAGCGCGUAUAUACACGGGAGAGGAUAACGGCGCAUCGACGGUAAAUCUUAUAUUUGGGCUCAAAGGUACAAUAUAUAGGUCAAGCGAAACGGUUCAGAAACAGCGACAUACUUUAUCAAAUCUUCACAUCCGUAUUGACGCGCAGCGUCGGAGUCUCGGAAAGAGCGGUUACAAAAUAACGAGGGCGCCGCGUAUAGAACGAUAAACCGAUAUCUCAGUCGCGAUAAUUCUCGUACGUUUACAUUGCGCAUUUAUUCUUAUAUCCAUACGUACACAGUAUAUCAUUGUUUGUGACUUGCCUGGAAUAAUUCCUGGAACAUUGAGGCUUUCUGUUGCAGAAUUAUAUUCACUUUUCACUCAUUUUUUUUAACGGCUUUACAGUUAUAAACUGAAGAUCGGGCACAUAAGAUCAUAUCGGUUUCAUCGUACAACGCGUUUACUCAAAGUUACGGUAACGUACAGUCGGGUUAUGUAUUUUGGGCCAUCGCGCAGUGUUUAAGUUAUUGUCUUUUUACCUUAUUUGGAAAAUGCAGCUUUUUAAUACAAGAAAUAGCAGUCCAGAACAGAACAGAAGAAGUACUUUUUCCCACAAUUUGGCAGACUAUCUUUUGAUUCUUUCCUUUUGACUAUUUGAUGUCAUGGAUUUGUUUUGUCAGUUUGUCAAUAUUUUCUGUAAUUUAUUUGUUUGACUACUGAUUACUCGGGAUCGUUGCGUUUUUUUUUUAAACGGCGGGAAUUAUUCCAAAAUGCAGAACACAGCAUACAGGUUCUGUGGCAAAAAAGAAGACAAAUAUUCAACAAUGUUUAUACACCCAUCCGUGUCAGUAUUUACAGUUUUUAUAUUUAGUUUAGGUGUCGAAACUGUAGAUGAAAUAUUUUUGAACUUUGGACAACGGUGCAUAAGCAAAUAGAAAAUUGUGCCUAAAUAUGUGAAUUUUGGUCUGUGUUGCUUUUACUGGUGAAUUUGAAUAAAUAAAUAAAUAACA